AUGUCUUUCGAAACUCUUCGUAACCUCUGGCCUUCUUUGACUCCCAUGUUCUCGCCUGGGGCCGCUCUUACGAUUCCAGCCAUGCGUCGCGCGCGACUACUGAAAGAGGCAGCGCCAGCAGCCGUUGGUAUUCUCAAGGCUGCCAGGGUGCGACCCAACGUUGAGUAUCGAGGCUUCGCCCUCAACCUGGCCUACACGCUUUCUUUGGUUGCCAUCGAGAUUUCCAAGGAGAUGUAUGAUGAGCGGUGGGAUGAGUUGUCGUUGACUCCUCACGAGGCGCCCUACGCCAUCCAUUUCUCUCCCCAUCUGGUUCCUCUUCAAAGGGCAAAAGCAAGACUCAGGCAACCCAAGUCAAAGAAAGGCGUGGUUUCUGUCAAGAAACCGCAAAAGUUCGCUAAGGGCCAGACGGCAGGUCCAACUUCCAUGCCCGAGGAUACGGAUGAUGAUGACGAUGCCAGUAACUCUCUUGACGAGGAGUCGGUAGUCGUUGCGAAACCUUUUCGUCCCCCUGCUUCGCAGGGAAGUCCUUCCAAGCGUACAAAACCUGGUCCCAAUCGUCACUCUGUUGCUGCUGUUCCUCCGUCCGUCGACUUGCCUGUUGGUGUAGUUGAGGAACAAGUUAUUCGUACUCGCGGAGAGAAGAGGAAGCGCGAGGCUGCGAUUGCCGCCACGGAGUCUCAUGUUGAGACUUCAAAUGUUCGCGAUGAGAGCCCAGAGCUCCCGAGGAAGAUGACGAAACAGCAUAUGGCACAGCUCAGUCGACAAGCUGCCGCCCAGGUGCCUUCGCGAAAUAUUGCCUUCGACCCGGUCACCAUGCAGCCAGUAGAUGCUGAUGAAGUUCGUUGGCUGGCUACCGCGACCAUGGAUCCCAAGGUUCCCUGCUCACUUUGUGCCGUGGGCAGCCAGUCUAAGCCCUGUGAAUUCAUGGGCUGGGGUGUUCCUUGUGGGAACUGUCAAAGGGGAAAGAAGGUGGUUUGUUCGUUCAAGGCUAGUCCUCAAGAGCGGUACCGAGCACGCAUCUCGAUACACCCAUUCGUGGAGAGGACGCCCGACAAUCUUCGCCGACUCCUCGGGAUGGCCGAGUACUUGAUCAAGGCCUUUGAUAGUGCCUGCGAGACCGCUGGCCGUCUGUCCGAGCUUCUUUGCGACACUUGCAAGGACAUCGAUGCCGUUAUCCGGGACACCGUUGAGUAUGAAGGUCGUGUCGUGGCCGAGGAGUCCCUUGUUACUGACGUAUCAGCUGUCAACGGACUCCUCAAUGGGUUUUCUGCUCAAGAAGUGGAAGUCUCGAUGACUCCAGAGAAUGAGGACCAAACUGGUCCUUCUUUGUUUUCAUUGAGUUACGAUGCAUCUUCCCCAAAGCGAGAUGAAGCUCUUUGUCGCGAAGAGGGGGGUGGUGGCGAAAUGGACGCCGACGGAGACUUGGAUGCAGAGGUCUGA